UUUUUUUCUUGCAAAUAUUGCCCUGGCUUCCUGUACCUCUCUCAUUUCUUCUUUAUCUCCACAAUUUCAACUUUCUCCACUCUCUGCAAAAUUAGCUCUUCUACAGCACCACCUGCAAUGGCUUUUGCUGCUGUCACCAUUUUAAUGGACACUCUCCACCAACACUUCCUCCAACCCACACCUCCAUUCCCUCUUCGCAACAAAACAAAGCUCACUUCUCUUCACACAAAUCUUUCUUCUUUGCAGGCCUCUCUCGAACAAGAUUUCAAGGUGGGCGAGUACGAUGAAGCAUUAAUCAAAGGUUUGGAAGCACAACUGAGAGAUGCCUGCGUUGAACUAAGGUUCCAAAUUGAACACUAUUUGACAUUGUUUUAUCUAGGGAAAUCCAUGAAGGUUAGACUUCACUCUGCUCAGAAGCUUCUCCCAAUCUUGAAUCGAGCAAUUAAAGACAUGAAAACUAUGGAUUUCAAUUCUAUGUUGCGUAUCCUACCCAAGCACUUCAUGCUGCCGGUAUCAGGCAUGCCGGCUCAUAUAAAGAAAAGGGUCAAAUCCUUUUGCACACAGCAUCAUACUAUCUUUUAUCGUCAUAACAUCUAUUACAAAAAUUUAUAUAAAAAAGAAGAGAGUGAUGCUGAAGAAGAGAGCAAGGAUGAAGAAGAGAGCAAAGAUGAAGAAGAGAGCAAGGAUGCAGAAGAGACUCAAGAGAGCAAAGAUGAAGAAGAGAUCGAGGAUGAAGAGGAGGGUGAAGAUGAACAAGAGAUCAAGGAUGAGCAAGAGAAAAAGGGUUUACAAAAGAGUAAGGAUGAACAAAGGAGGUGUAUGUUGUAUGAAGCAGAAAGUAUAAUCAGACAAGAAUUGAGAGAAUCUUAUCUCAAUAAAUACAUGAAGCAACGGAUUGAGGCUAGGCAAAGGAUUCGUGAAAUCGUCACGCUAGGAAUUAAGCUCACAUCUUACAUCAAGAAAGAGAUGUUGAAGCUCAAGAAUGCAAAAGACCAAUCCAAAAGCUCACAAAACAACAAUGCUGCUGCUUCUCCUACAAGGCCACAACGCGACAAUAUUACAGUUGGUGAUUCAUUGCAGCAAACUACCAAGUCUGCAAUCAAAAUGUUGGGCUGCCAUGAUGAGUUCAACAUGAUAAUGGACAAGCUGAAGCAGCAAUCCUCAAAACGAGAAAUUGUCUCAAUUGUGGGGAUGGGAGGCAUCGGUAAAACCACCUUAGCUAGAAAAAUUUAUGGUGAUGCUUCAAUCAUUUCUCACUUUGAUUGUCAAGCCUGGGCUACUAUCUCACUGGAGUAUAAUUCGAGACAAGUGUUCCAAGGCCUUCUUCAUUCUCUUGGCCCAGGGGUCUGUAAAAACGAUGAAACUAGCAACACAGAAUUGGCUGAGCUAGUCUACAGAUGUCUAAAACAUCGAAGGUAUUUGAUUGUUAUAGAUGACAUAUGGAGUAUAGAUGUUUGGGGUGAUUUACAGAAAUGCUUCCCGGAUGACAACAAUGGAAGUCGAGUCUUAUUGACCACUCGACUAAAAAAUGUAGCUGCAUACGUUUCUCCAGAAGACUAUGAGGCUUAUGAAGAUGUGAUUGUUAACUUUUGGGUUUCAGAAGGAUUUCUAAAGGUUUUGAGGUUUGAGAGGUUAGAAGAUGUGGCAAGGAAGUCUUUACAAGAUCUUGUAGAUAGAAAUCUUGUUCUAAUUUGUGAACAGAGAAAUAUAAUAGGUGGAUUAUCAAAAGCAUAUAAAAUGCAUGAUGUCUUACGUGAAUUAGCCUUGAGAGAAGCACAGAAGGAGAAUCUGUUAUAUUCUAAGCAGGGUAAUGGCAUGGGUUUGAGGUAUAAGAGUAUUCCGCCAGUAAACUCUUCUCGUAUAUCUCAACCAUGGAAUACUCAAUCAAGAAUUUGUAGUUACAAGUGUUUAACUCGUUCUAGCAACACCUCUUCAUUCAUUGAUAUAUACGGCUAUACUAGGCUGUUGCAUAUGCAUUCUAAGUUCUUAAGGGCAUUGGUGCUACAUGGAUUCCUUGAUAUUUUACUGGAGAUUGCAGGUCUAGUUCAUUUGAGAUGGUUAAAAAUUGCUUGUGACUUGAAUAUCUAUUCUCUACCUUUGUUCAUGUUAAGGAAUCUACAGAAGCUAGAACUUCAUAGUUAUUCAUCCUGUGAUUCCCUUGAUAUCUGUGGAUUACCUCAACUAAGGCAUCUCUUUAUUAGGGAAGGCAUUGCAUUAGUUCCUCCAAGAUCAAUUCAUCAUAAUUUGGAGAGGAUUAGAUUUUUGGAUUAUAGGAGUUGUACUAAGGAGCUGUUUGUGAGAAUCCCCAAUCUAAAGACAUUGGGAGUUACUAGCACUCAUCAUUCAGAAUGCAAAGCUCACAAUUGGUUUGAAAGCCUUGCCUAUUUAUAUAAAUUGGAAGAACUGUUGUUUUGUGGCAUUGAUCUUCAACCGGAGUUUAGAACUCUUCAUUCUGUGGGGUUACUGAGCCUAGAUAAUUUUUUGCCAAAUCUUAAGAAGUUGCAACUCUUCGAUACGAAUUUAAGAUGGAAGGAUGUGGAUCUUAUUGGUACACUAUCUAAGCUCGAGGAACUCAAAUUCGGAGCUUGGUCUGUUCAUGGCCGAAAAUGGGAACCUAGAGAUGGAGGGUUUCAUGGAUUAAAGUUCUUGGCCAUGACUAGUUGUCAUCUACAAUGUUGGGAAGCCACUAGUGGUCAUUUUCCUGUCCUCGAGUAUCUAGCCUUCAUGUACAUGGGUUACAACGGUGUAAAAGAGAUUCCUACUGAUUUUGCAGAUAUAGCUACUCUCAAGUCAAUCAAUUUAAUUGGAUGUUCAGACCAGUUUAUGUCGUCUGCCAAGCGUAUUCAAGAAGAACAGCGAGAGUACGGAAAUGACACAUUAGUUGUGCAUAUUAUUGCAAAGUGUCUUGAAGAGAGAUGCUACAAAGAGGACACACCAAAUUGGUCAAUGUUAUUGCAGAGGUUUACAAUGAGUUGCUUUGCAUGUGUAAGGAGCAAAUGUGCCUCAAUUGUAAUGUUCCAUGGAGAUUUGCCAUACUCUUCAAAGGAUAUUAUCAGGAAGUUGGAAUCCUCGAAUGAAGAACAUAUAAUUGGUUCUGGGGGAUUUGCGACUAUAUACAAGCUUGAAAUGGAUGAUGGGAAUGUAUUUGCUUUGAAAAGAAUUGCAAAAAUUAAUGAAGGUUUUUUGAAAGGGAACUUGAAAUUCUUGGAAGCAUUAAGCAUAGACACCUGGUAAAUCUGCGAGGAUAUUGCAAUUCUCCAACUUCAAAGCUGUUAAUAUAUGAUUUCUUACCAGGAGGUAGCCUAGAUGAAGCUCUGCAUGGGAGGUCUGAUUAAUUAGAAUGGGAUGCACGACUAACUAUAAUCAUGGGAGCUGAAGUUUCGUAAACGAAGCAACAUUAAGUUUUGAUGUGUACUGAUUGGCUUUUAUGUUUCUAUGUAAAGGUAUUUAGUAAACGGUUUCUAAUGAAAUUCUUGAGAAGUAUCUGAUAUCUGCAUUGAAUGGGCUUAUCAUAUUUGCCUAUUUUCCCAUUCUGGAAAUGAGGGACGAGUCUGAAAAUGAAAUAUCUUGGUAAUGGUAAAUAUCUCUUCUUUGAACUAGGGUUGGUAAAUAUUGUAUCUUAUUAUGAAAAGGUUGGUUGGUUGAUCAUCCCUUUUACAGAAAAUAGUUGUUCUGUCAUUGUUUGGAAUGCCAAUUAUAAUUGUCAUGGCAGUAAAUUUUGUGGUUCAAAGGUACUCCAUAGGUAUAAAUUAUAGUAGAUUUAGAAUAAGAACAAGAGUGUAUGGGCUGUAAAUGAUUUGACCGCAACAUCUAUUUCCUACUUUUGGGAUGUGUAUUCUGUAAACUGAAUUCUUAAAUGAUAUAUGGUUUUCACUU